AUGGAGGAGCAGCAUGGCUUCAAGGCGUGCAUGGUAGCCCCGACAAAGAUAAUUGCAGGUUUGGGGAUGACCCUAGGAAUUGACGUGUUGGAUGUCGAUGGCGCAACUGGAUCUUACAACACUGCUCUCCACCAGAAAGCUCGGUCCAUUUGCGACGCAAUGACGAAUAACAUCUAUGACUUCGGAUUUCUGCACGUGAAAGCCGUUGACGAUUGCGGGCACGACCGCAACAUAGCAUUGAAGGUGCGCUGCAAACCAACAUCCAGCGUGCCAACUUUCGGGACAGUACAAAUUUGGCGAUCUUAG